UAACGCAUUUGCUUGUCAAUACAGUGACACAAAUAUUGUUGUAUACUUUGUUUAGAGGUCUGAAUUCUCAGCAGGUGUUCGUGUCCCUCCAUUGACGUCAGUAUUUAACCCGUUUCAGGAAACACAUGAUUGGCAUCCUCAACGAGCUUCACCGUCUCGCAUUUCAGGCCGAGCAUCGACAGAUAACAGCGAAGGAAACAAUGGUUGAUGCAUCUAUGUGAAGGACCAUGCAUGCCAGCAGUUUGUCUUUGGCUGCUUGCAGAUAAGCCGUGAAUGUAAUAUGAGCACCGGUGGAGAAUGAAAUCUCAUUAAGGGGGUUGUUACAGAAAGCCAGAGAAAAUGAACCAGGUGAACGGAUACGUGAUCAUUUAUUUAUUGUCCGUGAUCAGUUUCUGUGCCGCAGGGAUCUUUAACGUCUCUGCGGUGGAUGGAGAUGCCACUGAGAAUGGGACUGUGCCAGAUGGUGGCGGCUCAGUUCCUGUGGUGCUCACCAAAAUAGGCCAGAUCAUAGCCCGGGAGGGAAACUGUGCUUUCAUUGACUGUAAUGUCACUGGUGACCCUUUUCCGAAUGUCCAGUGGUUCAAUUCACACGGUCAUCUGCUUGAUACAAAGAAAAGUGAUGGUAAAUGGUGGAUUCUGGAGAAUGGUGUCCUCAACAUCACCAGCAUCACUUUUGCAGACCGUGGUAAAUACACCUGUGUAGCCUCCAAUGCGUACGGCAUGGCAAACUGCACAGUGACACUUCGAGUAGUCUUCACCAAUGGAGAUAUGGGCGUUUAUUAUAUGGUGGUGUGUCUGGUGACUUUUACGAUCAUAAUGAUAUUGAACAUCACUCGACUUUGCAUGAUGAGCAGCCAUCUGAAGAAAACUGAGAAGGCCAUCAAUGAGUUUUUCCGUACUGAAGGUGCAGAAAAGCUCCAAAAGGCAUUUGAAAUUGCAAAGCGUAUUCCUAUUAUUACCUCGGCAAAAACACUGGAGCUGGCCAAGGUCACCCAAUUCAAGACCAUGGAGUUUGCACGCUAUAUCGAGGAGUUGGCACGAAGCAUACCGCUCCCUCCACUAAUCAUGAACUGCCGUACCUUCAUGGAGGAGAUUCUCGAGGUCGUCGGGGUCGAGGAAAUGAGACACACCUUUGUUCGACAAGCACCUGAGAGUCCUGAAGAUACCGUACAUGGCGGUGAGGUGAGAGCUGUAACCUCUGGUGAUGUUUUCACCAUCUUGCAAGAAAGGGAGCGAGAGAGGGAUCGGAGUGAGUCGCCCGUCGUGGAUUCGGACGACGUGUCACUUCACGAGCAGCCUCAACACAUAGCCAUUCAGGUUUCGGUUCAUACGCCGUUAGCUGCAGCAGGAUGCUGCAACAUGGAAGCUCCACCUCUCUCUGAAAUUGUCUCCUCUUCUCCUCCUCCUCCCCCAUUGGCUCAGCUGCCUUUGGAGGUGGAGUCAGAUGAGAAGGAAACUAAACCAGAGUCUGAACAAGGGGGUGGUGCAACUCAGAACACCCAAGUUAUCUAUGAAAGCCAUGUGUAAUAUCCUGAAACCAGGAUAAUGACACUGCUAUGCAUUUUCAGGAAAGGACAAAAAUAUUUAAUGUUUUUGCUCUGAUUAGAGAAAUAGAGGCUUCUUCUAUCAUUUAAAAAGCAAUUCUGUGUAUAAGUUCUAUUUUCCAUGACAAUUAAUGGUUUGAAUCUCACAAACGUCUGGGUCAUAUUUCUCACAAAAAAUAAAUAAAAUAUACAUUUUGCACACUGAAAAUGAAGCCUAUUUUAGGACCAUUAAAAUGUUUUGCAUUGUGACAACAUUUUCAUUCUAAUUAACAAUGCGAUUUUGGCUGUACUGUAGUAAAAAUCAGUCCUAUUGAAGGGGGGUUUCCAGCAUAACUUUAAUUCAAAACCACAAAUACUACCAAUACUUGCAUUCGUACGGUAACACUUAAUAGUAAGGCUCUAUUUGUUAUCAUGAACCUACAAUGAACAAUAUACUAUAUACUCAAUAUACAAUAUACCUAUCAUUUUUACAGUAUUUAUUAAUCCGUUAAUGAUAGUUAAUAAAUAUACAGUUGUUCAUGUUAGUUUAUAGUGCAUUAACUACUGUUAACUAAUACAACUUUUAGUAUAUUCUGUCCCAGAUUGUUAAAGAUUAAUGUUCAUUGUUAAGUCAUGUUAAUAAUGUUUCUAACUGCUAUCAAAUGGAACCUUGUUGUCAAGUGUUACCAGUUGUACUUCAUAAAUGUGCUUUACAAUGUAAAUAUCUUCUGUUUUCGCCCUGCAUAACUGAUGAGAAUGAGAUUUUUUUUUUUUUUUUUUACAUUACAGUAGGCAACUAACCAUUGGGGGGGGGGGUAUAAAUGUGUUUACGUGUCAUGAAAAUAAUGUCACGAUGCAAUAUAUCUUAUUAAUCUCAAUAAAUUGCCUUCAUUUUCAAAAAUUAACUGGUAAUUUGUAAGAGUCUUUGAUAGAUUCACCCGAAUAAGCUUGUUGAAUGUAUUUUGGGCAAAGUACUGUAUUUUGCCCUUUUAUUUUUUUUGUGUAGUAAAUUGAUGGAAAUUAGGGCUAUUGAUGGAUUGGAAAGCUCAGUCUUAAAAGGCUAACAUCUUUUUUGGAUGUAGUUACAGAUUAUACAUUUCACAAAUGAAUGAGGAAAAAUUACUGAUUAUACUCCGGCUGAAAAUAACCUGUUGUUAGACCCUUUGAGGCUGAAGUGCAUUUAUAUAUAUAUAUAUAUAUAUAUAUAUAUAUUUUUUUUUGACACUAUUUCAGAGGUGGCAUAUUUUUUUUUUUCUUUUAAGAAUUUCCCUUAUAAUAUGCAUGGAAAAAUGCAUGUUUUCAAUGCUGGAAACUUGUUUGUUUAAACUGUCUUUGCCUGUUAUUUAUUAUUUCUUUCACAUUGGACAGGUAAACAGCAUCGACACUUUAUUGAGUAACAUAACUUUCAGUUUGAGGUUGAGGCAUUUUAUUCAGUUGAAAUGUUGAAUUCCACUGGAGUCCUUCUACUGUUACUGUAAUUAAUAAUUGAUAGUAUUAUUACUUUAAUAGUACUACAGUGAGUAUUGCAUUGUAAUAUUAAAUGCACAGCUGUUUAAUUCUUUUUCUUUUUUCAUUGUAAGAAUAAGAUGUUGCUGUGUUUUUGUUUAAACCAUUGUAAACCUUUUCGGUUCCAAAACAAUUUUUUCAACAACAAUUUCUUGAUAUCAGAAACCCAAUAAUUAUAUUUAAUAUCUUCUAAUGUCUUAGACAUUCAGGACAUACAUUUGCUUCCUAACAAGGCACACCUCUUAACCUCUUAGAUUCAGUGAUAGAGUUCUUCUAUGUUGAUGAUCUUGCUUUCUUUGGUACAGAGUAAAUUUCUUAGUUGUUUACUGUACUGGUAAAAAUAUGGAGAUUAAGCACUAGUGCAUUCCUUGUCAGGGUGUGUGAGAGAGAUUGAGAGAGAGAGAGAGAGAUGGCCACGGUGUUCGUCAAAUGCAGUUUUUGAGUAGUGAAAUAAACGCUGCUGUG